ACAAUCAAUGAAGGAGUCUUAAAUAGCGCGCGUCGCGUUGUAUUUUUGUCGCGUCGCUCGCUUACAGUAUCGUGUAGUAACUACAUUUCCCACACAACAAUGCGCGCUUCAGCGUCCUCUCUAACAGCUGGAAUACAUGCCUGCGUAAACAUCCUCAUUUACAGGCUUCAGACAAUUAACCCCGUAUUGAUUAGUCUACAGUGUGAGACAGAACCGAGCCGAACGCCUGAUUUGACCGAUGCAUCUCGUUACAGACAGGCUGAUCCGGUCUUCGCUGAAUUAUUUAGACAGAACGGUACAGAUGCACAGGGAUUAAAGGGACUGUCGAUAAAUCGUGGGAGUAAACCUCACAUGAACGAGGAAAUGGAUAAACCCUCAAAUCAAAAGACUCUGUGGCAGUAAUAGGAGAGAAUUCAUCCGUUUAGGAGAUCUUUGAGAGAUGCCAGUGAUGGGAACAGUCUUGCAGGAGAGCACUGUGCAGAACAGUCAGAAUAAGCUUCUUUCUUCUGAUAGAACAAAAACUAAAGCGUUGGGACGAGCAGCAAGCAAGAAAACCACAAAGGUGCCUUUACAUCCACCACCGGAUAGUGGCAUCAGCCUGUCAUCUGAACCUGACUCUCAGCAAAGGUUAAGAAGGACAAGACCUGACAAAAUGUUGAUCAUGGCGAACACCACAAACAGGCAACACAACACCAAGAUCAAAUCUCAUGCGACUUCCAAAAAUGGACAGAAGGAGAGGCAACAAAGACAAAACGGCAAUGGUGCAAAAGAGAGUGGUGGCAGGGGUAGAAGUUCAAGUGUAAAGGUGCAGAGAGAAGACUCUUCAGAGCGCUGUACACCGCGAAGUAAACCUGGAGAAGAGGACAGCGCCAGUGACCUCUCUGAAUCUGAAAGAUAUUCUGCGCUUCCCGCUCAGAUUUCUCCGCCUGACCUCAACCUGCGUGCCGAGGUCAUAGACCCGUCUGACCUUCAUCCCUCCAGACCUGCUUGUCGAGGGCAGGACAAGUUCAGAGGAAGCUAUCCAGAUUUCCUACCGCCUCCUUUCAAUUCUUGGAGUCUCAAACAGUUAGCGGUGUACCUGAACACCGACGGCAAGAGCGCUCCUCGGCCCAAGCCCGUCGGUCAGCUCGAGAGAUACUUGGACCGGCUAUUGCAGAUGGAAUGGCAUCAGAUCCAAAGUGUCCAAGAAGACAGCAGCAAAUCCAACGCGCCAGUACCUAAAGGUCGCCAUUUGCCUCAUUCAUCUUCUCAUCUCAGCCUCAGCUCUCCUAAAUGCAUCCUCCAGUGUCAGCGCGCGUUCCCUUUGACGCUCCUGUCCUCUUUGGCCAGUGCUCCCGCCCUUCAGCUUUCCAGCUGUGCCUGUCCACAUUGCCAGAAUCAGUAUGCCGUCUUGAACGGAUCGUGCCGCUCUUACGCCUACCAUCACCACACGCGGUUGAGUCCACUCCUGGAGAAGAAGCGCCGGGCCUCGGGUUUGCCUAAACGGAGCAGCAGUGAGAGCAGGGCUCAUCAGCUGGAACCCAGACUCCGAUCCCGCGAGCACAGACUCAGCGACCCUCUGAGCGAGAGCAGACACUGGAGGCGCAUGCAGGCCGUCGGGAACAUUCGCAAUCCUGCUGCUUCCACAUACAGUCCUGACCAAGCUUCUACUGCAGCUGCAGCAGCCAGUAUCGGUGAUGUGAAAAAGAGGAGUCGUUCCUGUGUGGCCGUGAGCGAGGCUGGCUUUGGGGCACGAGGACGCAGCGAACAAGGGAAGAGCUCAGAUAAAACGCAGCAGGACUCAGAACUGCCUCGUGCUGUACGUUCAGACGGUUUACAAAGUUCGAAAGACUCUGCAACUAGUCGACUGACCCGGAAGCAGAAGCACGUUGAAUUUGUCACAAAGUAACUUCAAUACAGUGACCUGGAAAUCACUUACUGUAAAAUGAAUGAAUUUCAUUGCAUUAGAUAAAAUAAUAUCAAACCAAGUUAUGAGAAAUUUGUGCAGUGACAUUUACAGUGUGCAACAGAUCUGAUCGAGGGCUCAGGGUGUUCCAUUUAAACACAUUUCAAGGGUUCCGCCAGUAGUGGGCGCU